AUGGCGUCUUUUAACAUGGCUUCCCCUGCCCACACCCAACAUGGCGUCUCCCGCCGCUUCUGCCCUUCCCCGCCGCGCAUGCGCAGCGCCAAGGGCACGAUGGCGGCGCUGCGGGCGCUGUGGCGGCUCCGCGGCCCCGCGGGGCUGAGGGCGGUGGGACCCCGCCUGGGCCCGGCCCCUGCCCGGUCGCGGCAAUGGCAGCCCGACGUGGAGUGGGCGCAGCAAUUCGCCGGCGCCGUCAUGUACCCGAGCAAGGAGACCGAGAAGUGGGUCCCGCCGCCCUGGAACGGUGAGGGGAGAUCCUCCACACCUGGGACAUCCAUUGGACCCCCCCUGCCCACAUCCCUGGUGCCACCUGACUUCCCACCUGUCCCCCCAGUCCCACCUGAGCUCCCACCUGUCCCCCCAAUGCCCCGUGUCCCCCCGUGCCAGGACCUGCCCCUGGGGCUCAUGGACGACAUCUACGAGUUCGUGAAGAACUUUUCCAUCCGGAUCGACGAGGUGGAGGAGAUGCUCACCAACAACCGCAUCUGGAAGAACCGCACCGUGGACAUCGGGGUGAUCACGGCCGAGGAGGCCCUGAACUACGGCUUCAGCGGGGUGAUGCUCCGGGGCUCCGGGAUCCACUGGGACCUGCGGAAGACGCAGCCCUACGACGUCUACGACCAGGUGGAGUUCGACGUCCCCAUCGGCUCCCGGGGGGACUGCUACGACAGGUGAGGGGACAGGGCAGGGCACAGGGA